GCAUAGGUUAUGUUAAGCCUUCGCUGCCCGAAGCCUUCGCCGCCCGAACCCAUUGCCGCAACAACUCCUUGCCUCUCCGUAAUAGCUCUCUGCCUCUCUUCACUACCGUCGCCGUCGCCGUUGCCGGACUCCUCUCUACCUCUCGGAACUCACCGCCACCAGCCGUAGGGAUCCUCUCCACCUCUCUGCACUGACCAUUGCCGGCCGCACGACUCCACUCUGCCUCUCCGCACUCGCCGUCGUCUGCUACAAGACUUCCUUCCAUCUCUCCGUAUCAUAGGACCACAACAAGAGUAAGUAAGCCCUUUGUUAACCACUCCACACUCUACAUCAAGCCAAAAGCUCAAAGCCAAAGGUAACCCUAAUCUCUAAGUCCCUAAACUUAUUUGGGUGGCACUGCUCGACUCUUUCACUUUUAUGAACUGUGUUCGGCUUUGAUUGUUGUAUACUUACAAAGUAUGAACACUUAAAUGCUCAUUUUAGAAAUGAUUUUUGCAAGCUGCUACGCCAUGCUCUGCUUUGCUUCUGCUUCUGAUUCUGAUUCUGCUUAUAGGAAAUGCGAAUGGAGUUGUAUGGCUUGUGGUAUAUUUAUAGGCAAAAGGAUACAUAUAUAACGGUGACCACUUCUCAAUUCUAAGUUAUAUAGUGAACAUCUUUAUAUUUUUCACAUCAGAUGUAAUUAAUUAGUUUUAUAUUAGAUUGUGGUCAUCUAAGUUAUAUAAUGAACAUCUUCUUUAUAUUUUUCACAUUAGAUGUAAUUAGUUUUAUAUUAGGUUGUGGUCAAUGAUUAUUAAUUUCUGGUAGGACACUUCAGCAACUUGUGCACUUGCCUUCAAAUUACAUUCAAGCAUAUUAAAAUCUGAAUUUGGAGUCAUCAAAGAUUUUGCUGCUUGGAGUCCACUCUGCUUUGCAUCAUGACUAUAUUUGCAAGUAUUGCUAAAGUAAUUUCAAGCGAGGGUUCCAUAUUUGCUGGAAACUGACAAGGCUACAGUGGAAAUGGAGUGCAUGGAAGAAGGAUAUCUUGCCAAGAUAAUACAUGGAGAUGGGUCCAAAGAGAUAAAAGUUGGUGAGAAAAAAUAUUAGAAUGUCCACCCGAAUCUCAAAACACAACUAAUAUUGUUGAUGAUACAAUUAGCAUUGUGUUUGGCAAAGAAGCUCAGGGUAGAGUGCACGGAAUGAACUUUGGAGAAACACCAUCGAAAGUUGGAGCUUCUGUGCAACAAAAUGGAACGGUUUAACAACUUCAAACUAUAGUACAAAAUGUUCAACAACAAAUGCAAGAAAUGAGGCAACAAAAUCAACUAGAAAUGCAAAAAAUGAGGUCUAUGUUUUUACAAAGUAUGAGACAACAAAAUCAUCCAGAACAGAUUGCUAGUGGUGACAUUUGUAGCGGUAUUGGGAAUGAAAUUGGUAGCAAUAGAGAUAUCAAUAUUGGUGCAAAAAAAAGUGAUGAUUUUGGUCAUGUUUUUCAGUCAAAUUUGAGAAAUGUGAGUCGUGGAGAUAUCUGUGCUAAUACUAAAUGUAAGCUGCUUCAUUGGUCUACUGAUGAAUUAGUUGUUGCAGAAGGUCGAAUUGCAUCCACAGAUUCAAACACAAAAGUGCAUCACGUUAUUCUUGGUGGAUCAUGUUGGAAAGUUUAGGUUGAUAAAGUUUUGGUGGAAAAGGUGGACCUAAUUCGAUCAAAUGAUAAAAUGCAGUUUCUUGAUAAUGCAAUAGGAAGCACGGUUGCAUGGUUAUUGAAAUUUAUAGUAUUGUGUGAUUGAUACAUAAUAUACUAAUUUGUGGAUUGUAAGUUUAAUUAUUGUUAUGUAAUAAUUAGUUUGAUAGAGAUUUCGUAUCUUAUUUAA